AUGAUAAGGCAGAGGCCUGCUUCUUGUUACUCCUACUUCAGAACCACAAAGAGAGCGAUGGUAAUAUGUACUGUCCCUCUACAACCGCCACCAAUUCCCAAAAAUCUAAACAACCAUAAUUCUCUCUGCCUCUCCUUAGCCGAUGACCUCCUUCGACGCGGCCGCUUAUCUUUGGCCCAGCAAGUUAUCCAGAGAAUCAUUGCCCAUUCUCCCACCGUCUCUGAUGCUAUCUCCGCUGUUGAUUUCGCUGCUGGCCGUGGGAUGGAGCUUGGUGUCGGUAUUUAUGGUGCCUUCGUUAGGAGAUUGAUAGAAUUGGGUCAGUCCAAGCUGGCCUACGCUGUCUACUGUGAUAAUGUAAUUGCUAAAGGUAUUGACCUGGACUCUGGUAUUAUUAAUUCCAUGGUUAUUUGCUUGGUUAAGUUGGGGAAAUUAGAGGAUGCAGGUAUUUUUUUUUAUAACCUUAUUGGAAGUGGUAGUGUGCCCUGUCAAGCUGCUUGUAAUGCUCUUUUUAGAGAGUUUUGUAUGCAAGAGAUGUUUUUGGAGGCGUUUGAUUGUUUGGUUAGCAUUAGCAAGGCUAAGAUAAGGUUGGGCAUGCGGUGUUACAAUGUUUUGAUUGAUGGAUUGUGUUAUAAAGGGCAGGUAGGUGAAGCGAUGAAAGUUUUCGAUAUAAUGCGUGAAAGAACUGGAUUCUUGCCAACUCUUCAUAAUUAUAAGUCACUAUUCUAUGGGCUUUGUAAGAGAGGAUGGGUUGUGGAGGCAGAGUCUGUUUGUGGAGAGAUGGAAGAACAUGGUUUCUUUUUGGAUAAGGUUAUGUAUACUUCCCUAAUGAAUGUUUAUCUUAAGGAUAAGAAGAUCAAAAAGGCAAUGAUGGUUUUUUUGAGGAUGCUAAAGAUGGGUUGUGAUCCGGAUACUUUUACUUAUACUGCUUUGAUUCAAGGAAUUUUCAAGAUGGGUCAUUUUGAUAAAGGGUGGAUGUUAUACAAUCAAAUGAAUGAAUCCAGGAUGCUACCUGAUGCAGUCACUUACCAUAUUCUGAUCAGUAAUUAUUGCAAGGCCGGGAAAGUGAUUUGUGCUACAAUGCUUUUGAAUAACAUGGCUUGCUGCAAUUUGGUUCCCAGUGUGCACAGUUAUACAGCUUUAAUGGCUGCACUUUACAAGGAUAAUAGGUUUACUGAAGUUGAUGAAGUGUACAAAAGUAUGCUGAACUGUGGGGUCAUUCCAGACCAUGUGUUGUUUCUUAUUCUCAUGAAGAAUAGCCUGAGGGGGAAUGAGCUUCAACUCUCCCUGUUGAUGUUGCAGGAUAUUCUUAAGCAUGGGUGUGGUUUGGACCCAUCUUUGCUCUCAGGUUCUACUAAUGUAAAUCCAAUGAUAAAUUUGGAACAAGAAAUUGAGUUCCUUCUUGAGAAAAUUAUAAGAAGCAACUUGAAUCUAGCUAAUGUGGCCUUCGGUAUCUAUAUAACUGCCUUGUGUGAGAGAGGAAAGAUAGAUGCUGCUUUGUUGUGCUUGAGGAAAAUGAUAGAUGUUGGGUGCAGUCCCUUGCCUUUUACUUUCAACUCCUUGUUCAAAUGCAUUCGCCAGGAUGGGCAUUUGGAGCCUUUUGAACCUCUUAUUGACAUUAUGCAAGAGUGGGGCAUAGUUCCUGACUUGGCAACUUAUUUGAUAAUGGUAAAUGAAUAUUGUAAAUGGAAGGAUCUUACAUCAGCAUUCCAUGUUUUGGAUCAAAUGGAGGAGAGGGGACUGAAACCUAGUGUUGCUAUUUACGACUCCAUUAUAAGUUGUCUAAGCAAGGAAAAAAGAAUGUUUGAAGCGGAAACUUUGUUUCAGAGGAUGCAUGAAGCUGGUGUGGAUCUUGAUGCCACUGUGUACACAACUAUGAUCAAUGGCUACUUCAAGAAUGGACAAGCUUUGGAAGCCCACCAAUUGUUUGAAAAAAUGAUAAAAAAUGACGUUCAGCCAAGUUCACAUACUUACACUGCACUGAUAAGUGGUUUAGUGAAGAGUAACAUGACUGGUAAGGGUUGCAGGUAUCUUGACAGGAUGUUGGGAGAUGGUUUUGUGCCAAAUGCCGUCUUGCACACCUCACUUAUCUAUCACUUCCUGAGGAAGGGGGAGUUUGAGUUUGCCUUCCGGCUUGUUGAUUUGAUGGACAGCAGCCAGAUUGAACUUGACGUUAUCUUUUACAUUGCCCUGGUCAGUGGCCUUUGCAGAAAUAUUGUUGGUGUCAAGAAGAGGUGCAAGAUAAACAGAACAUCUGAGACCAAGAAGGCAAGAGAAAUGCUGCUCCAGUUGCUACAUCAGAGAAAAUUUGUGCCUAGGGAAACCAUUUUAAGAUUUCCUGCUGAUUCUUCUGAACAUAUAAAAUGCUUUGCAUUGGAGCUCAUGCAUAGAAUAAAAAGGACCAAGUUUAUGCCUAAUUUAUACCUCUAUAAUAGUAUAAUUUUUGGAUUUUGUUGGGCAGAUAGGAUUGAGGAUGCAUACAAUGACUUUGAAUUGAUGCAGAAGGAGGGUAUAUGUCCAAAUGAAGUGACUUUUACUAUACUUAUUGGGGCAUACGGUAGAGCUGGUCAAAUUAAUCGUGCUAUAGAGUUGUUUAAUUUGAUGAACGCAGAUGGUUAUAGACCUGAUAAAGUCACAUACAACACUUUAUUGAGAGGCCUUUGCAAGGCUGGUAGAGAGUUAAAUGCUUUGUCUCUCGUAUCUGCAAUGCACAAAAGGGGGUUCCUCCUAAACAAGGCUUCUUAUGAAAAUUUACUCCGCUGUUUCUGUGCUUGUUACUUGAGCAUUCCUGGCUUCAAAAUAUUUGAAGAUAUGCUUGCUCAUAAUUAUGUUCCUCGUCGGUAUACUGCUAACUGGUUGCUUUGCAUCCUAUGUAAAGAAAAGAAGCUGAAUGAAGCCCAUAAGUUGUUGGAUACGAUGCAUAAGAGAGGUAAGUUUCCUGAUGCAUUGACAGGGAGGAUCCUGAAGCAAGCAUCUUAUCUAGAUACUGCCCCAGAAAUGGCGCCAUAAUUCCUUUCACUCAGAGCCUCAAAGUUUGAAUGAGAUGGUUAAAGGAUGGUUUCAUUCUCAGAGACAUCCCUUGCUUAGCUUUUUUUGUUCCAAAUUUACUUCCAUACCUUCAUCUGUAACAGAAUAGCCAGUCAUAUGCUAUUUUUCAAGUAUGCAAAUUCACUUCCCUGGUCCUUAACAACUUAGUUUAAUUUGCUGCUCAUUUUAUAUUUUUAAAAAUUUUAUUGUGAAGGGAAGCCUUUGCUUUUCUAGAAGAUGUGGUCGUGCAAAAAGUAAGUGAACCAUUAAAUUAAAUGUGUUGCUUGUCUUAAUUCUCUGAGCUUUAUUGCAUUCAGAUUGUUGCCUAGGAAGACAGUCCUAGAGGAGUACAUUUUUGGCCUGCAUGGUUGAGAAAAGGUCUAUUUCAAGCCCAGAUCAAUAAAGGAUUGUGACUUUGAGUGGUUUUGUCCUGAUGAAUUAUAUCAUAGCAUUGAUGUUAGGCUUGAUGUUAUCCACUGAGUCACUAAGAUAUGAUGUAUGCAUCAUGGAAAGUACAUCAGAAAUUUGUAAAAAUGGGAAAGCCAAGAAGAUAAAGGCUUUUCAGCCUCAGCGGUGGCCCCCUAGAGAUGCUCCUAUUAGUUGGUAUACAACUGUUGCUCUGGAGAAGAUGAACAACAUGGAGCCAUUUACCUCACUUCCUUUUCACAUCGUUUAGCUGAAGAAAUAAACAACCCUGAAUACCAAGUGCCCUAAGAUUUAAGCCACAUAUUAUGAAGCUAAGUGAGUCCAUAGUUGAUAAAUUGCAUGCACAAGGUCACUUCAUCUUCAUGGCAAUACACCUUCAUUUCAAGAUGGACAUGCUGGCAUUGGCUGGGUACAGUCUCAUUCAAUCUUCUCUAUUUGUUGAGAAUUAUUGUGCAUUAGCAUAUAUGAAAGGUUGGCCUAAAAUGUGUGUUAUUAUCUGAUAAUUUAACCAGGCACUGUAAGGUUUGCUUCAAGGUAAACUGUCUCCAGAACUCACUGAAGCAUUAGAAGUUGAUAUCUCUUAGAUACAUUGAAUCAGUAACAUGCGUCAUGCAGAUGAUUGACCAUUUUCUUGGAACUUGAAACUUGCUAAACCAAAUAAAAAGGGUACUUCUGUAGUUCUCCUUACUUGUUAUGAUUAUUUCACAUAUCAUGGCUUGGGUGUUUAAAGACAUAAAGUAUUGGGUGCUAAAGUUAAUGAUCAGUUUCUUUAUGAUUAAAUUACUGUUUCCUUUUUCUUUAAUUUUCUUGAUAUUUGAGCUACCUUAGCAUUCUUGCUGGUGGUCUUGAACUGAAGGAAUUACCCAGUUCAUGUCAUUUGAUUUAUGUAGAGGUUUGGUCAUGCAUUUGGUGAACGAUUUUAAUUUAUGCACAUGGUUCAAUAAAUUUUGUUCUUCUCAUGGAACAUUUUACUGUCUGACUUCAAGGAUUAUUCAUUAACAUUUUUUUAACAGCCUAUGGUGGGUUUGGAAUUCUUAUAACUAAUAGGGUGAUUUUGCGGGUGUGCGAAUAUUGUAGAAAAAAUAAUGUUUGGGCUUGAAUGUUUUGCAGACAUUUGACAUAUUUAACCCUACAUAGCAAAAAAUGUUGAAGAAGUAUCGCAAGGAAAACUUUGCUGAGAAAAGACUUGUUUAUAGUGAAAGGAAGGCCAUUGGAAAAUGCCCUGUGACUCCAAAAGAGGUUGGUCUUAUCUUACAUGCAAUGGGGUUUGACAAUUCCAACCGGAUAUAUCUAGCAGCUGGUGAGCUAUUUGGUGGAGAAAGAUUUAUGAGUUAAAGCCCUGUUCCCUUGACUUGAGAAUCACAGUUCUGUUGACCCACAGUGGAGCUAGCCACGAACAAUAGUGGAUUGUUAGGAUCUGCUGUGGAUUACUUGGUUUGUCUCCUUGCUGACAUUUUUAUGCCUGCAUAUGAUGGACCAAGCAAUUUUGCCAACAUUCUCCUAGGUCACCGCCUCUAUAUGGCUUCCGGAUUACCAUUAGAGCUGACAGGAAAGGUCUUGCCCCAAUUUUCAUUGAUCGAGAGAAUGGACAUACAGCUGGUUUUGAAGAAGCUGUUAGGCAUGUUAUGCUCAAAACAAACUUUGGUGGUCCUCGCAAGUGAGUUUCACCUGAAUCGUUUUAUACAAUGCCUGGUUUUAGAGAGCAUUGUAAUUUCAUAUUUGGCAUUAUGAGCAUGAAAGAUGACAAGGACUGGGAUGAGAAAGCUAAGGGUAAGAAUUGAAAGAUUUGCUACACUUGAUUAGUUAGAAUGCGACGGAGAAGUCUUAUUCAGAAUUUUGGAUGCAUCAUAGGCGAUACUCAGAUUAUUUGAAGGAAGGAUAGGCAGUUAGGAGCUGAUAUUUUUAGCAUUAGGUAGGCUACAAGAUAAUCUCAUAAAGCAUAAUAUUAUUAGAAAGACUGAAUAUUGAUAAUGCAAUUCACAAGGAAUUCAAAUUUUAAUGGUUCUUA